UUAACGAACGAUAUUCGAGGUAAGCAUGGAAUGCAAGAACAGGUGGAAUUGGUGCAGGAACAAGCGAAUGAUACCUUAUAUACAGUUACGGAACUCGGAAGCAAUUAAGAGAAAAUGCUGUGGGAGCUCAGUAGACUAAGAGACUAUGUGAUCAAACUGAAGUUCCGUGUAAAUUCCCAAGAAAAACAGAUCCUAGAACUAAAAACCCGUUCUCUUGAAAAUAGCAUUAUCAUUAACGGAAUUAAAGAACAGGAUCCGGAAAGAGGGAACGACGAAAACCUGGCAAAAAUAAUACAAAACGUUUUUGAAAAGGAACUGGAAAUUGAUAAGGAGUCUGUUGGUAAUAUGCAUAUUAAGACCGGUGUGUAUCCAGUUUGCUGACAAAAUUUACAAAGAUAUGGUGAUGAGGAAGAUCCCGGUACUCAGCAGUAAAAAGUCGCCCAUCAGAAUAGCCAGCCACCGCCCAGAGGAGCUGAGGGAAAAACGCAAGAAACUGUUUGAUAUACAACAGAAGUACGCUGCCAAAAAUGUGCACACGAAAAUCAAGGGAGACAAGUUGGUUUUAACAAAGAGCGGCAACAUAUACAGAGACAAACUGGGCCAACGUCCAUCCGCUGACGAGGUCAUCUCAGGUGAAGAAAUCAAAAGUCCAAUCUCUGCGGGUAAACAGAUAGAGGACAACGGUAAUCGGUUCACCGCCCACGCUACACCGACCGAAUCUCACAAGCAGGUUAGAGGAGCUCUCAUCGAUAUCAUGCGUGCCCCUACAGUGUCAAGUGCGAGCCACAAUGUGUUUGCCUAUCGAUUUAAGAGUAACGACGGAAUCAUUCACGAGGGGGCGGACGACGACGGAGAACAUGGGGCAGGGAGAGCCUUGCUAAGAUCCCUUAUCGACAAUGAACAUCUAAAUGUAACUGUCGUGGUAUCAAAAUGAUAUGGAAGCAAAAUAGGUGCGCGCAGAUUCGUUCACAUAAAGGAUGUCGGAUUGAGCGCACUGAGAAACAUUAAUACUG